AUGGCGACCGUUGAUGAUUUCACAAAAUCUAUCGCUGAAGGACCAGAGCAGAUUUUCGACACGUGUUCUCCGUGUUCAGAAUCCGGAAGUACAAAAGAAGCGGAUAAAUUCUGUGUUAAUUAUGGAUCAUAUUUCUGUGCUAAAUGUCUGCUGGAUCACAACAAAUUCCAGGCGUUAAGAUCACGCCAGAUUUCAGAAAAGCCCGGACAAAACAAACGAAAUGAAACUCGAACGAGCCUGCCGACAGAGCGAUGUUCAAUCCACUAUGGAAAGUUGGUUGACAUGUUCUGUAAAGAUCAUGACGAAGUGUGUUGUGCAGCUUGUAUUGCAAUGAAACACAGGGCAUGUGUAAAUGUGGACUAUAUUCCCAGCAUUUCAAACGGUAUACGAGACAGUGCUGAGUACAAGGACACCAAACAUUCGCUUCGAAAUAUUCUAACUAAGAUGAAACAAAAAAGAGAAGCAAGAAACAAUAAACUGAAUGAUCUUGAAAGGCAAAAGAAUAAGUUAUUAGAAGGCGUAGACAUAUUCAAAGAAGAACUUAUCAAGAGGAUAAAAGAGCUUGUCGACAGUUCAAAGGAGCAAGUAUUUUCAAAGUAUAAAGUAUGUAAGAAAGUAAUACAGUCAGAUUUAGAUACUUUAGAUACUGUUAUUUCAACAACGACAAAAAGUGAACAGAAAUUGUCCAGUAAAAACGAAGCUCAAUUGUUUGUGAAUAUUAAAACAAGCAAAGUUUCAAUAAUGGAUUGUGAAGUUCUUUUGAGUGACAUGUCAAAAGUUAGAACAAAUGAAGAACUGAAGUUUACGUUAAAUCAAGGUCUGAAAAAAACUCUGGAUUCGCUGGGAUGUGUAGUUGAUGCUGAAGAAGAAAUUAAAGAAUACAGAGCAACAUUGUAUGGAAAAUUCAAGAUUGAUCCACGGCACUGUCAAAUAAGUGGUAUAUGUACUAUGGAUGACGGGACAUAUGUGAUUGCCGAUUAUACACAUUCAAAACUAAAGAGACUGAACGGAAGCUUCAAGGUUGAAGAUCAUAUUAAGGUUGGUGGAAAUCCCUGUUCAAUAUGCAGAACAGGGCCAAACGAAAUUGCUGCAUUUCUUCAUGGUAUAAAUACGAUACAGUUUGUGUCUGUUGGACAAAGAAUGGAACUGAAAACAGCAUUUAAUGUCGACAGAUCAGCAGUCGGAGUUUCCUAUGAUAUUUUACAAAGUUCCUUGUUGGUGUUUGGCGGAAAUCAGGUUUCUGUUUAUACAAAAGCAGGAGUCUUGUUGAAAACAUACGAAAAGAAAGAAACUGGUGAGCAACUGUUUAAGUUUGCUAUACAGUUGGCGUUUAAUACACAAAAUCAGUUAAUAUUCGUCACUGAUGAAAGUGAUGGAAAAAUUAAGGCUUUGGUCAAGGACGGUAAGACAAUUUGGACAUUCUGUGAUCAAAAGUUAACAAGGCCCUGGGGAGUGUGUGUCUUGCCGGGUGAUAUUAUCUUGGCGAGUGGGCUAGCUUCCACCAAUGUAUUACAGAUUGACAAAAAUGGCAGAAAGAUUGGAGAGUUGCUAGGAGCUUCCGAGAAAUUAAACCAACCGUUCUCUUUAACUUUUGACAGGAAACACGCUAGACUGCUAAUAGGAAACAAUUCAAAUGAAAUACACGUGUACACAUUAUCUAAAAAAUAUGUUUUGUAG